AUCUGGUCUUCGUUAUGUUUUUCAGUGUCGGGUGGAGUCUGCAUCCUGUCGCAUCUCUGCGGGGGAAGAAGGAGGAGGACUUUUUCUUUUCUAUUACUUUCUCAUAGACUGUUUGUUCCUGCCGCUGCGUCGAAACGACACCAGAAAGAUGACGACGACAACCAACUUCAAGGGAAUGGAGCCUGGUGCUAAGAGCAGUUCCAGGGUACUACGACCACCAGGUGGGGAUUCGAGCUUCUCCCUCGGCACAGAUGAAAACAGCACCCCCCAGCGCAAGAACAAGAUGACCUCCAGCAUCUUUGCAGAACCUGAUGACCCCCACGCUCAUCGAAGGAACAACCCACCCACCGGGGCACCCACAGGAACCCUGUGCGGGGAGCCCUCUGCCCCCCUCAGGCGGUGCCAGCAGCCUCUUCUCUUCCCCAAAAACCCCGAGCCGGAACUGACCACCAUCCACAACUCUGGAGCAGCCCUGGUGUGGAGCCAGAACAAAGAGGUUGAAAACGGCCAAGAACCAGCAAAUGAUGAGUGUCCUGACAAUGCAGAGCAGGAGGAUCAGGAGCAGCAGAAGGAGACGCCACAGCCCUCUGCCCCGUCGGGAGGUGCCAACGCCGCCGCCGCCGCCGCAGGGGGCCGAAGAAACCCCCCCGGUGGCAAGUCCAGCCUCAUCCUGGGUUGAGACCACUUCUAUUUUAAUUUUUUUUUGUUUUUCAUUCAAACGCUUUUUUUAUUUUUUAAAGAUAAAAGCCCCCCCCACCACUCUUUCCCUCCUCAUGGCCCCCCGUCACCUUCUUCCCUUCUUCACCGCCCUCACAUGCUGUCACGUCCAUGGACCCCUGCGUCCUGUCCCUCCACCCUCAGACCUUUUUGUUUUGAUCCUAUUUUCUAUUAAAAAAAAAAGAAAACUGUUGACAAAAGCACUUUAUGUAUCUCUCUCUGCCCCUCCUCCUCCCCCCCCCCCCCCACACACACACCUUCCAUUUCAGCCCAUCCUGUAGUGCAUCGCGCCUGCUGGGAAAGGCAUGACGUUUAGCUUGUCCCUCAUUCUUCCCCUGUUGUAAAUGGUAAAGGAAAAAAAUACAUAAAAAGAUUUGAUGCGUGGAUUUCUAAAUACAAUAAAGAUUGAUAUGAA